UGCUUCGCGACUUCCUCGUUGCACUCUCUCGCGUUUCAGCUUGUUCAACCUCUCUCUUCACUCUCGCAUCACCCACCCCUCACGCAUCAACCCUCCCUUGCCCGUUCUCUGCGGCUUUACGAUCCUCCAAGCUCCUCUGUCGGCGCUCACAUGUCGCCUCGCACGUCAAUCUGAACACGCCACGAGCUCGACUGCUCAUACUCUUCCUGCGUUCACUCCUCGCUGCCACCUGGCAGGGAGACGACGAAGAUGGCAAACACUCCAGAUGCUGCGGCCCAGGACGCCAAUUCGGAUGACUUGUGGGUUCCCACGCCGCCGCCGCCCGAGUUCACCGAGAUGUUGAACGAAUUCUACAACCGCCAUCCAUCAGCCAGGCCGCGAGAGCCCACUCCUGAGCCCGACCCCGACGCCAAUCUCGACCUCACUCAGCUCAGCCUCGACCCUCACAAGACUCUGAAGCAGUUCUUACACGACCAUCUCACUCUCAACAAAGCUCAAUUGACGGAGUAUUGGAAGAAGUUUCGCUGGGAGCACCCCGGCGUGAUGCUGGACUGGUUCGAAAGCUCAUACCUCCCCACCGCAGGUCGCUCUCGACAUGAAAAAGGCUACGUUGUGGACUACGAGCAAUGCACGCCACAGACACUUAAGCGUUUCGUCAUCGACCGUCGCCUGCAAGACCCCUACCCCGUUGGUGUGACGCUCAAGUACUUCUACAUCCGUAUUCUGGAGAGCGCUGACCGCCGUCAAACCUUUCGUUUCAUGGACUUACCUCCCGAGCUUCGCACCUGGGUCUAUGGUUUUCUGCUUACCCUGGUGCCCAAAAAGACCGGCGGGUAUCGAAAACCAAAGUAUUGUCAUCCCAACAUCCUCCGAACCUGCCACCAAAUGAACAAUGAGGCAAAGUGUGUACUCUACGACGACAAUACUGUUCAAUGCACGUUCGAAAAGAUCGAAGAAGACUACGACCACUACUCGCAGAAAUGCAGCAUCAACGACAUAUCGGUUGAAUACUACGAUGAGCGCCCCGAUGCGAUGGAAGACUUCCCCGAAUACCUACGUCGAUUCUCUCAUCUUUCAAUCAGUGUCAGAUACGAGAUUGAAUUUUGUAUCAGCGAAGAUGGCCCAGACUUUAUGCCGCUCAACCAUAUGCUUUGUGCAUUCACGUCCUUCCUCAUGGCCGGCCAUCGCCUCCAAAAGCUCGAAAUCGAUCUUGAUCUCAAUCUGGAUCUUCUCGAGUACGCUGACGCCGACUCGGAUACCACGUACAAGCUCGUCCUUUAUCCUUUCCUUCGCUUGCGCAACGUCGGCCAGGUUGACAUCUUCACGUACGACUACGCCUUUCCCGCGUGCAUUCGACGGACUCUUUCCAGGGACAUGAGCAUGUCGGGAGCCGUGAUGAACACUCUGACGUACUGGAACAUCCUCUAUGACGAAUGUCAUGGAUGGGAGAAGGUGGACUGUGCAUCCGACGAAACUGGCGAACUCCUUCCGGCUCAGCAAAGUAUCUCGGAGCAAUGUAAGAAGGCUUUCGGCAUCAUCUGGACUUCUUUUACAUCCGCCAAGGACGAGUGGCGCUUCAGGCUCCAUUUAUUUAAGCUGAGGAAGCUGCUGAAUCAAGUCAAGACGGAGACUGUUGCGAAGGCUGAUGAGAAGUUGGCCGAGAAACGCGUGGCGAGGACCGAGUUCGAGAAGGAUUCAAAGAAUGGCGUGCUGAGGACCAGAUCCCGGGAUAUGAAGAUCGUCAAAGGCGAGGCUACCCAUGAGGUCGAUUGGAUGUCGGACAGUGACGAUGAAAGUGCGUGAAUGAACGUUUGCUCGAAGAACAGUGCGGCGGGUAUUCGAGCUUCAUUCUAGACGACAGUACGU